GAGCUCCCCCCAUCUUGCAUCUUGCUGAGCAGGAGCCCGACCCGACGAGCAAUUGCCAGCGCCACAAUGCAGCCCUCCAGAAUACUGCGCUACAAUGGCGGCGACUCGAAGCCCAACAUCACGGGGUUCGAGAUGCGCAAGUUCCUCGCCGCCACCAACUCAACACGCUACGAUCCGUGGGAGAGGGCCGAAGCAUGGCGCUACACGGGCCGGUUCACACGGUUCAACCGGUUCAAGAACUCGUUCCCGGGGCUCGGGAUCGCGACGGUCGCCUUUGCGGGCUACUGCCUGUACGAGCACUUCUUCCUGCAGGACGACCACCACCACGGCGGCAGCAGCGAGGAGCACCACUAGGCGGACAGAGGGGAUUGAGUGAGGGGGGGUGAGUGGGAGAGGGGGAGGUGGAAUGCGGAGGGAUGGCUCGUGAUCUCCAUGCCUAGCUUGGCUGGCUGUGAUGGGGAAGAGGAAACGGGGAGAUAUGGGAGGGGAAUUGGGGCCGUAUAUGCCCAUCCAUGAGGUGGAUGGGUGGGCGUGGGAUAAGGUUAGCAGAGAGGUCGACAGAUGGGUUGUUGAUGCCCCGAAAGAGGGCCCUACCCGUAAAAUCUGCGAAUUCGUACCUCGUGCACGUCAGAUGGAAUAGCAUUGCACAUUUUGAGGCGUUGUUGAUUUCGGAUAUGUGACCUGUGGAUUGUGUAUGCCGGGCUGAUUCCCGAGUCUGUAAGUGGCGGACGAGUAGCGCACAUAACAAACGGCUGCUGAAAGCAAUGCAGGAUGCGGAUGGUAAGAAAAUAACAUUUACAUAGGGAGUUUACCAUGAAGCGGAAUGUAUUUCUG